AUGGCGGAGGCCCAGUUGCUGGACCUGCCUGGGGAGGUCUUGGAGAAUGUGCUCCGCUUCCUCGACCUCAUGUCGCUGUAUGCAACGGCGCUGCAGUGCCGCGCGCUCAACGCGCUGCGCUGGCCCAUCAUGGACCUGCGGAACAUCCCCAUGCACAAGCUGACGCAGGAGACGUUUCGCUACAUUGUGGAGCGGCGCAAGCCCGAGGUGCUCCUGCUCACGGGCGUGCUCGGCUGCCCCCGCAGCGCCAUGCCGUUUCCAAACGUCGAGGCCAUCGCGCACAGCAAGAGCCUGCGCCACCUGGGCUUGGAGGCCGCCUACGUCGGUGAUGAGGGCAUCCGGGCGCUCAGCGCUGUUCUGCCGUUCCUGGACACGCUGAACCUCAAGUUCAACAACAUCACGGGCAAGGGCGCCGCUGCCCUCGGCGCUGCGCUUCCAUCGGCCCACCACCUGCAGUCCCUCGACCUCUCGGGCAACCCCAUCUGUGACUCCGCUGGCAUGGAGGACCUGUGCAUGGGUCUAUCUGCCGCCAAGGGCCUGCGUGUCCUCACAUUGCGCGACGUCCGACUCAAGGGCGCCGGCACCACGGCCUUGGGCAAGCUGCUGGUCGCCCUGCCCACCCUGCACGAGCUCGACCUCAGCCGCAACCCCAUCGGCGACUCGGGCAUGGACAACAUUGCCAAGGGGCUUGCAGCCUGCACAUCGCUUCGCACCCUCACUCUCGCCAACGUUCAACUCAACAACGACGGUGUGGUGCAUCUGGCGUCCGCCAUCCAGCAGUGGCCCAACCGCAGCCUGCGCCAGCUCGAUCUUGCAGACAACACCUUCUCCUCAAACCUCGACGCGCUCGGCCUGGCCCUUGCUCAGCAGGAGUCUCUACAGCGCGUCAGUCUCGCGGGCUGUAACCUGCAGCGCCUGCCCGUGGCAAGCGUGGCGGCCCUGCUGUCCCACUGCGGAAGUGCGGUGGUUGACCUGCGUCGCUGCCGCAUCUCAGACGACAGCUGCACCAACAUCGCCACAGCCCUGGCCGACGGGGCAUCCCCAUCUGAGCUGGAGCUGAGCAGCAACGCCUGCGCUUUUGCCAGCAUGCAGCAGCUUGGCCUGGCCAUGGCAAGCAACACGACGACAACCGUGCUCAAGCUCAACUUCAACUCGCUCGGUGACAGCGGCAUGCGUGCGCUGUGUCGGGGCCUCAUGUCCAACACGGCGCUACGCGUGCUGCACGUGGCUGACAACAACUGCGGCGGUGCUGGUGUGGAGGCGCUGGCCAAAUACGUUGCAGCCACCGCCACCCUGCGCGAGCUUGAUCUCUCCGGUAAUCAGCUCAUGGGCAACGCCGCGGCGUGUGCUGCCCUCGGGCGUGCGCUGCGGGACAACAGCAGCAUCGCCACCCUGCACAUGUGCAGUGUUGGUCUGCUGGGGUCCGACGUCACAGCCAUGGUGGACGCCUGGCUCUCACCCCCUGCACCACACCCCGCAACAGCAACAACAGAAACAGCACCACCAACAGCAGACACAGCAGCAGAAAUGGCACAGCAGCCGCCCCAAGGUGAUGAGGAACAAGCAGCGCGGCCGCGCAACCAAGGAGAGUCGCAACCACAACCUCCAGCACAAGCACAACAGCAGCAGCAGGAGGAAGAGGCACUUGUUUCUCCACCGCCAUCAGUACCCGCAACCACGCAUGUGCGUGUCACCCCGACGCUGAAGAAGUUCAACCUGGCCGGCAACGAGCUUGAGGACGAGGGCGCCACUGCAAUUGCGCGCUUGCUCAUGCGCGACACGACGCACAUCAGGGACCUGGACCUGUCUGGAAAUAUGAUUGCCAGCGGCGGGGUGGACCGAAUUGCCACCGCACUUGCCACCAACACGCGCCUGCGCCGCUUGCGCCUGCGCAACAACAACAUCGGCGCUGCUGGUGCUGCUGGCCUUGGCAAGGCGUUGAGUGGCGAGUCAAUGUGUGCGCUGGAAUUGCUUGAUCUCAGCCGCAACCAGCUGUGCGACGAAGGCACCGUACAGCUGUGCCUUGGCCUGCAGGGAAACGCCCACAUCAAGUGUCUGUCGCUGGCACACAACUGCAUUGCGAACCGCGGUGCGGAGGCGCUUGGCACGCUGCUAGGGCUGAGCACCGCGCUGGAGUGCCUGUCCAUCGAAGACAACAAGAUGGACUGCACUGGCGUCGCUGCCAUCACCAUUGCGCUGCAGCAGAACCUGCGCCUGCGCGAAAUCAACAUGCGCAACGUUGGCGUGGACACGGAGACGUGCCCGCUUCCACCGCGGCGUGAGGGCUCUGGCAGCAACCGCUAUGUGCGCGUCAUUGCGUCACACAAGGACCACUGCCUUCACCAGAAGGCCCUCGAGCACCUGCCAGACUUUUGA